ACAGGUCUCCAGUCAGUAUACGGCCGCUGUGCGUGAUCGGUGUAAACGACGGUUUCGCGAUUGACCGUUUUUUCGACGCACUUGUUUGUUUUUUAUGUAUCUCAAUUGUAGUGUAAAAUAUUUAUACAUGAAAUUUCGUUAGACGAGUGCCAUUGUGCGUGCGUUUUUCAUUCUAUUCGUUUUUCCACGUCUAUUUGAUCGCAUUUUUUGCUAUCUGUCGCCUGAUAGAAACCGCCGAGAUAAGUUCUAUAACUGUAACAUAACCAUAUACUUUCGGAAGUGCGCGGACAUUUGUAUUUAUUUCAUUAAAUGUGAGCUUAAUCUAUUCGGAUAGUGUUGUACUGUACUGCCAGAACAAAAAAUAUUCAAAUUGGAUUACCCGCGUUAUACCGCAAACACAUACCCAAUUGGCCGCCAAAUUUGCGACGGCAAUAGUAUCCACGCGCCCGGAAAUAAUUAUUAAACACAGGAUAUUAAAAAUGCGGUGAUAAUGGGAAUAAUGCGAUGGUGUUGGCUGUUGGCUGUGGCCGCAGCCGUGGCCGGCGAGCACGAACGGCACCUGGACGUGUCCGAGUCAGCGCCGGUCGGCACCAGGAUCGGCUUUAUUGGCGAUGGUUCCAAGGACAGCGGACCGCCGUACCUUAUCGUGCCGGUGCCGGGCAGUGCGGUCGAUACGGAUUUAAUAACGGACCAGAACACUGGAGAGAUCAAGACCAGAGUUCCGUUGGACAGGGAAACGCGGUCAUCGUAUACCUUAGUGGCCAUACCGCUCAGUGGAGAUAAUAUUCGGGUGGUCGUGCGAGUGGUCGACGAAAACGACAAUUCGCCGACGUUCCCCAGUCGUGUAAUGCAAGUGGAUUUUCCGGAAAACACGCCGAGAGACGUAAAACGUACACUAAGCCCAGCUAGAGACCUGGACCUCGGUCCGUAUAACACACAGAGGUACGCAAUCGUGUCCGGAAACGUAAACAACGCGUUUAGGCUUUCGUUCCAUCGCGAAAAAGACGGCGUCCUGUACCUGGACUUGCAGAUUAACGGCUAUUUGGACAGGGAAACCACGCCCGCAUACGAAUUGGUCAUCGAAGCUUAUGACGGCGGUGUCCCGCCGCACAAAGGCUCCAUGACGGUCAACGUGACCAUACUGGACGUGAAUGACAACCAGCCGAUGUUCAACCAGAGCCGAUAUUACAGUGCGGUGUUGGAAAACGCAACAGUGUCCACGAGCAUCCUGCAAGUGUUCGCCGCCGACGUGGACGACGGCGAAAACGGCGUAGUCGAAUAUUCCAUUAACAGACGCCAGAGCGACAAGGAAGGUUAUUUCGCCAUCGACAAACGCACCGGAGUAAUUUCAUUGAACAGGCCCUUGGACUACGAAUCUAAGGAAGUGCACGAACUCGUGGUGGUGGCCAAGGACCGGGCGGAUCAACCGUUGGAGACGACGGCGUUCGUGACGGUGCGCGUGACCGACGUUAACGACAACCAACCGGAUAUCAACGUGAUUUUCCUCAGCGACGACGCGACGCCCAAGAUCUCUGAACGGGCGCAGCCUGGCGAGUUCGUGGCCCGUAUUUCGGUGGACGAUCCCGACUCCAAAGAGGAAUACUCCAACGCAAACGUGACCCUUCACGGCGGAGACGGCCACUUUGGCCUGACCACCCAGGAUAAAAUCAUCUACUUGGUCGUAGUGGCCCUGCCCUUGGACAGGGAGACUCGGUCGAACUACACCCUGAACCUCGUGGCAGCGGAUACGGGCAGUCCGCCCCUACACGCGUCCAAAACGUUCAACUUGUUGGUGACGGACGUAAACGACAACCGACCGGAGUUUGCCAACGCCGAGUACUGGGCGAGCGUUUCAGAAUCGGUCGAGCCGGGCACCUCGGUGCUACGGGUGGUAGCCGUUGACAAAGACGAAGGCGACAACGCUCGACUGGCGUACAAAAUGCGCGAGCCUACGCCCCAAUGGUUUCAGAUAGACUCGACCACCGGUCUGAUUACUACUCGGGCGCACAUGGACUGCGAGAGAGAUGCCGAGCCCACCUUCGCGGUGCUGGCCGUCGACAACGGGCGACCGCAACUGACCGGCACGACAACAGUUCAUGUCACGGUACACGACCUCAACGACAACGAACCCAUUUUCGACCAGAGCUUCUACAACGUCGAAGUGUCCGAAGAUCGAACUCCGGGCUCUUGUGUUCUCAAGGUAUCUGCAUCCGAUCCAGACUGUGGAGUCAACUCAAUGGUAAAUUUCACGCUGUCUGACAACAGCGGACCGUUUUUCAUCAAGUCCGCCACAGGAGACAUUUGUCUGACAGGGCCGUUGGAUUUUGAGACGCGGAAAUUAUACGAGUUCCCAGUGAUUGCCACAGAUAGAGGCGGCUUAAGCACAAGCGCUGUAGUUAAAAUAGACGUACUGGAUAUCAACGACAACUGGCCCGUUUUUUCACCAGCCGAAUACAACGUAUCAAUUGUAUGGAGCCCUAACAAUCUGGGUCCGAUCGUGGCCGUCCGUGCUAGAGACUUGGACUCUGGAUCAUAUGGCGUGGUGUCCUAUAACUUGAUAUCGGCUAAAGGGCCCAACAACGAAAACUCCGAAUCAUCAUUUCGGUUGGACGGCACUACCGGAGAGAUUUGGGCGGCACAACUCAAAGCCGGCGUUUACCAGCUGCUGAUAGCCGCCAAAGACGGUAGCGGUAACGAAGCAGCACAAGUAGGACGGGUACGGAUAUCAGUUUUGGCCGUUGAUGAAUCAAAACCUUACGCCGUAUUCGUUCGAUCUCAGUACUCUUUCGCUGUACUUGAAGAUACUGCAAUAGGAACAACUGUCGGAACAGUCGCUGUAUCACAUCAACAAUCGGAUUUAGAAGAUUCUGAAUCGGUAAGGUAUGCAAUACAUUCCGAAGAAGCCGACGAAUAUUUUAGCAUAGAUCCCGUAAAAGGCGUUAUCAAAACUACAGCAGCAUUGGACCACGAAUCGUUCAAGACAGUCUUGCUUGACGUCAAAGCGUAUUCUGAGACUAGCAAACAUUAUGGCGCACACACUCAAGUUAAUGUAAUAGUUGAAGAUGUUAAUGACAAUCCUCCCAAAUUCGAUUCAAGUUCUGUGCGGAUAGCCAUACCGGAAAACGUUGCCAUCGGUUCAGCCAUAUACACUGCACAUGCCUCCGAUCCAGAUUCUGGCGCUAAUGGAAAAGUACACUACGAAAUCGUGACUUCCACUCAAGAACCGUCUUACUUCACGGUGGAUUACAACCGUGGUACAAUCAGUCUGAUCCACGGUUUAGACUAUGAGGUGGUACACAGGUUGACGGUAACCGUGGUAGCCAGAGACUCAGGUGUACCCUCACUAUCGGACAAUAUGACUCUGCUUAUUGAUGUGCAAGACAUCAACGACAAUCCGCCAGUGUUUGAGCGACAGCAUUACGCCGCCACAAUCUUGGAGUCGUUGCCAGUUAAUUCUCAGAUUGUUCAAGUUACUGCACUGGACGGCGAUAGCGGAAACAAUGCCAGAAUUUCGUACAAAGUAUCCAGUGGUGAUGGCGAAACUCUGGACAUACAUCCCAACACAGGAUGGGUGUACGUCAAAGCUCCGCUGGAUCGGGAAACACGCGACACGUACGAGCUGACGGUGGUAGCAACGGACAACGGAUCUCCCAGCGCGCUUGCCGCUACUGUCAUAGUGGUGAUCACCGUCGCAGACGUCAACGAUAACGACCCCGAGUUCGACAGGGAUCACUAUGAGUUUCACGUUGAAGAAAACCGGCCUAUCGCCACUGUGUUCGGAACCGUAUUCGCCACAGACCGAGAUGCCAGCGAUAAUGCGCUGAUCCGGUAUUCGCUUUUACCCGCCAACUCGAGUUUCAACAUCAACCUGUACUCGGGUGAAUUGAGUACUAAGGAACCAUUAGAUCGGGAAUCUCGAGCAUUGCAUGAAAUAAUUGUUGAAGCCAAGGACCAGGACGGCGGAGUCAGGGCCCGUAGCAAACGUGUGAAGGUUAAGGUGGCCGUAACGGACGUUAACGACAACGCUCCCGUCAUCAUAGAUCCUCAGCAGGAUGUUGUAGCCGUAAGAGAACAACAGCCUCCUGGCGUGGAAGUAGUUACUAUUAAAGCUACAGAUCCCGAUCAAGGUAGUAACGCUACGAUCACCUAUUCAAUUCUUAAAGGUCGCGACUCCGAUGGAAAUGGUGAAUUUUUCAUAGACCGUAUUAGCGGAAUCAUAAGAACUAAAGUGUCAUUGGAUCAUGAAGAAAAGUCCAUGUACAGAUUAUCAGUAGCUGCCACAGAUAAUGGAUAUCCACCAAAACAAACUAUUAGGAUGCUCAGGGUUGAAGUAUUGGAUCUGAACGAUAACAGACCUACUUUCACCAGCUCUAGUCUUGUAUUCCAAGUUAAAGAAGACUCUGUCAUUGGUAGUACAGCAGGCCGCAUAGCUUGCUCAGAAGGAGUUGGUGCUGCUUCAGCUGGCCGUGGUCAGGUCAAGUACACGCUAAGGCAUUCUGAUGUAAGUCAACAUGUGUUUGAUUUAGAUAGAAGUACGGGCGCUUUAAUUAUAGCUGGAAGAGUUGAUAGAGAAAUAAAAUCUAUUUAUGAAAUGGAAGUAAAUGCACUUGACACUGGCACCAGUACAAACCCUCAAAGCAGUUCAGUUUCGGUGAGGGUGGAAAUUUUAGAUGUCAAUGAUAAUGCGCCAAAAUGGCCGGCAGAUCCAAUAACACUUACCAUACCCGAAGACUCUGUGGUUGGAUCCAUUGUUUAUAACUUCACUGCUACUGAUGCUGACACAGAGGCUAACUCUGAGAUUCGAUAUUCAAUUACCCAGCAAUGGCCUGUUGAAGUGUUUUCGUUAGAUCCUUUUACAGGAAUGUUAACUCUAAUGGACCAACUAGAUUUUGAAUCUAUCAGUGAAUAUAUUUUAGUUAUCCGCGCAACAGAUCAAGCUUUAAACGUUUCAGAAAGAUUGUAUACUGACUUGACAGCCAGAAUAAUUGUUCAAGACAUUAAUGACAAUAGUCCAAAUAUUGUUUCACCUAUGUUUAAAAAACUAUAUGUUGAUUCAUCAACCCGACCUGGUAAUCAGUUAUGUCGUGUGAUUGCUGUUGAUUACGAUUCCAAAGACAACGGUCAAUUAAUAUACACUAUAAGUUCGGGAAAUGAAAAGGGGGUGUUCAACAUAGGGUAUAAUUCGGGCGUGUUAGUAUUGGCUAGGUCACCUGAUUAUAUGGAUCAUACAUUGAACAUAUCAGUAGCUGAUAGAGGUACACCAGCAAGAUACUCAUACUUAGUGUUAGACGUUUCUUUUACAUCCAAUAGCGAUCAAACUAUUCAAUUUGCUCACAAAUAUUACAAUGCAAAUAUUUCAGAAGACGCUCCUAUAGAUAAUUUUGUGGCCAAAGUAUCUGCUAGUUCUACCAACAACAAAAUACUAUACAGCAUACCUGAAGGCAUAGCUGAAAACUGUUUCCAAAUAGAUGAAGACCUUGGCAUAGUAACUCUUAAGAAUCAUUUAGAUCGAGAGCAAAAAUCUCAUUAUACUUUUCCUAUUUAUGCAACUGAUAAAGUAAAAAUGGUAACUGAUGUAGUAACACUGGAAGUAGGAGUUUUAGAUGUUAAUGAUCAUAUUCCAAAGUUUAAACAUGAAUCGUGUCUUUCAUUGAUGGUACCUGAAAAUCAUGAACCAGCAAUUAUUCACACAGUGGCCGCUGUUGAUCCAGACAUGGGAACCAAUAGUCAAAUAAUUUAUAGCAUAACUGGUGGAAAUGGAGCAAAUAAAUUUCAUUUAGAUUCAAAAACUGGCGAGUUAACAGCAAAAACACUUGAUAGAGAAGUUCAAUCAAAGUACCAACUUACUAUUACUGCUCAAAAUCAUGGAAGUACAUCUAUGGGGUAUUGUAAUAUUACUAUACUUGUUGAAGAUGAAAAUGACAAUAAUCCUAGUUUUGAACAAAACAAAUAUGAAUCAGUUGUAUUAGAAGAUUCUCCUGUUGGUACCAAAAUUUUGUCUGUCAAAGCAUACGAUGUUGAUAUGGGUAUAAAUGCUAAAAUUAUGUAUUCACUUUCAAACCAAACAGAAUAUAUUUUUCAAAUUGAUAACAGAACUGGUGUUAUUUAUACAGUGGGACAUUUGGAUCGAGAAAAGCAGUCUAAUUAUUGGUUACAAGUAGUUGCUAAAGAUGGUGGAAAAUAUAACAUAAGGUCUUCCUCAGCACUUAUUUAUGUCAAAGUUUUAGAUGUUAAUGAUAACUUACCAAUAUUUUCUAAGUAUCCAUUUACAUCAGAAGUACCAUCUCACUUUCAGCCAGGAAUGGAUAUUUUACGGGUUACAGCGACUGAUAAAGAUGAAGGUUCUAAUGCUGACAUAAUUUACUCUUUUAAAGACAAUGAAGGCUAUAACAAAUUUCGUAUGAAUCCUAAUACUGGUGUUGUGACAGCAUCGUCAAGUCUUGCUUUAGAGAAUGGAAAUGUUUUCCACUUAGAAGUUGUAGCUACCGAUAAAGGGAAUCCUCCUAAAAGUUCUAUUGGUCUUGUAGAAAUAAAAAUUGGUGAACAAUUUGAUAGAAUUCCAGUAAUGAGGUUUAAAAAUUCUACUUACCAUGUAACUAUACCUGAAAAUAUGGAUACUGAUAAGAAAAUUCUUGAAAUAUCAGCUUACCGCAGUGAUGGACGUAAACAAAAAGUUAUUUAUAAAUUAGCUCCUGUUAACAACGAAAAUAAUAUAUUUUUAAUUGAUGAAGAAACUGGCAUCAUUAGAGUUGGAAAAUCAGAAUUAUUGGACUAUGAAAGUUGUAAGUCUGGUAUACAUUUAGUUGCCAUCGCACUAACUGAUUCCCCAGCAUCUAUGUUUAUGUGGGGCUAUACAGAUAUUUGGAUUCAUUUGUCAGAUAUAAAUGACAAUAGUCCAAUUUUUACACAAAAAGAGUAUAUAGCUUCAGUAUCGGAAGGAAAUUCCAAGGGAACAUUCGUUAUUAAAGUUUCAGCAAUUGAUUUAGAUGAAUCACAAAACUCAAAGCUAUCUUAUCAUUUAGUAGAUGGCAAUCAUGACAAUGCAUUUGUUAUAGACCCUACUGAUUCUGGUAUUGUCAAAACAAACAUUGUAUUGGACAGUGAAAUAAGAAAUUUCUAUAAAUUAACAGUAAUAGCCACAGAUGAAGGUACAGUUCAAAUGACUGGUAUAGCAACAAUUCAUGUAACAGUUAUUGAUAUCAAUGAUAAUCGCCCUUCAUUCCCCCCUCAAAGCACUAUCAGCAUUAAAGAAAAUUUAGAAGUUGGAAGUACAGUAACAACAGUGAUAGCUAAUGAUGUAGAUAGCCAUCCAACAUUAAUUUAUUCAUGGGCAAACACUGUAAAUGUGGCUGAUAGAAAAAUGUUUGCAUUAGAUAGAUAUAAUGGAAGAAUCCUAUUAAUAUCAAAUUUAGAUUAUGAAAAAACACAAACCUAUCAUUUAGGGAUAGUUGUGUCUGAUUCAGUUCAUACUGCCCAAACUGAAUUAACUAUUGAAGUGAUAGAUGACAAUGACAAUACUCCUGUUUUUGAUAGAUCACACUAUACUUUUACAUUAAUGGAAAAUACUCAUGGAGAAUCUUCAAUGCAAGUUCAUGCAACUGAUUUAGAUUCUGGGUUAAAUAGCCAAGUAAGGUAUGCUUUUGUUAAUGAUUUAAACGGAUUUAGAAUCGAUCAAGAAACAGGAAUAAUCACUUCUGAUCGUUUGAUGUUUGACCAAAGCUUAACAAAAAUGGGUUAUACCAAUUUACUAGUUACUGCUACUGAUCAAGGAACACCACAAAAAUCAACUAUUGUCGCAGUUCUUAUUAAAAUCAAUAAUGAAAUAAAUUCAAACUUUAUAAAAUUUGUUCAAAAUGAAUAUAGGAUAUCUGUUCGAGAAAAUAUACAAUUGGGGCAACCUUUCUUGAAACUAUUGAAUAGUCAUUCGGUAGAUUACUCAUUUCAAUUUAAUAUUGUUGAUGGUGAUGAAGACGGUAACUUUGACUUGAUAAGCCCGACUGGAGAGCUUAUUGUAAAAAAACCAUUAGAUCGUGAAACUCAAGAUAUUUAUUCACUUAGAAUUACUGACACCUUAAAUAGUACUUAUGUUUAUGUUCAUGUGUUAGUAGAUGAUUCAAAUGACAAUGCUCCUCAAUUCAUCAGCUCUCAACAAACUGUGUCAUUAGCUGAAAACUUGCCAAUUGGUCAUUCUUUUUUUCAUUUGACUACUAAAGAUUUAGAUACACCACCAUAUUCUGAAGUACAUUUUGAAAUAACCUCUGGAAAUAGUAGAGAAUUUUUCAGCAUUGAUAGAAAUACUGGUGAAAUUUCUAUUAAAUCUAUUUUGGACUAUGAUUUAGAUAUGACUGAAUAUAAUCUUGUUAUUAAAGCUCAAGAUGGAGGUAAAUCUCAAACUGACUAUCCUUUAUUUUCUCUUACAGUUCUUAAAGUUAAACUUGAAGAUAUCAAUGACAAUGUCCCUAAAUUUCCAGUGUCUGAGUACUUAGAAUUUGUCGGUGAAAAUGAGCCGAUAGGCGCCUUAGUAUUUACAGCCAAAGCUACAGAUGCAGAUCGUGGUAAUUUUGGCCAUCUUAAUUACUCCAUUGCAUCUUUAGCAACAUAUUCUGGUGCUGAAGACUCGUGGAAGAUGUUUAAAAUUGAUUCAUUUUCUGGUUUAGUGACUACUAACGCUAUAUUUGACUAUGAGUCUAAAAGUAGAUAUACUUUUACUAUUAUUGCAAGUGAUACAGGAGGCAAAACAACUAAAGUUAAAGUUAAAAUAGAAAUUGAAGGAAAAGAUGAAUUUGCACCUCAAUUUAUUGAGAGAACUUUUAAGUUUAUGAUUAACAGCUUCAAUUUACCAAUUGAAUAUAUUAUUGGUCAUAUAUCAGCCACUGACAGAGAUAAAGGUCCUGAAGGUCGAGUUAUUUAUCAUUUGACAACACAAAAUCCUUAUUUUAAAGUAAACCGUACUAAUGGUGCCAUAGUGGUGAAAAAGAAAAUUGACAGUAAUUUUGAUGCAACACAAGAUGUAAGUCUUGUAGUAACAGCUAGUUCCGGUAAACAAGGUUCUUUGACCAAUAUAAGUGUUGUUGAAAUAUCCUUCGAUCCACUUACUCAACCAGGUUUAAAUUUAGCUAGUAGCUCUGAUAGCCAAAACAGUUUAUCAUCUAGUAUUGUGGACUGGAUAAUUGGUAUUUUAACCAUUACUCUUUUAGUAUUACUUCUUUUUGGUGGAAUAAUGUUUUACAUGCAUUUAAAGAACAAACAACACAGAAGCAUAAAUAAACCAGAAUUUAAUGGCCACCAGAGAACUAAUAAUACUUAUGUGGAUCCGAGUGCAUUUGACACAAUACCUAUACGGGGUGUAAACAGUACUCAAGUAAAUCAGUUUGCUCCUCCUAAAUAUGAUGAAAUACCUACUUACCGUAACAAUAGUAGUACUAAUUCAGGAGCAGCUACUACAUCUGAUUUGUCUGAGUCUGAAAAAUCUGGAUCCAGUGGUCGAGGAUCUGCUGAGGAUGAUGUUGAAGAUGAAGAAAUACGCAUGAUUAAUGAGAGGCAAAACAGUGACAAUUUAUCUGAAGUUACUGCACGCAAUACUCAAGAGUAUUUGGCCCGUUUAGGAAUUGUAGAUACUCAAGUGAUACCACCACACUUGCCAAAAGAAAAUCGUUUGUCAUCUAGGCGCCAACCAAUGGAAAACAUUGAAAUGUACGAUGAAGAUGAGACAACAAAUGGUGAUAUUACUAAUAUGAUAUAUGCUAAACUGAGUGAUGUGGGUAGUGAACGAGGUGGUGGUGGAGAGGAAGACAGCAAAUCAGCUGUUUACUCAACUAGUAAAGUACCAGCACCACAGCCAUCAAUGGUAGGUUCAUUAAGCUCAAUUGUUCAUAGUGAAGAAGAGCUGACUGGCAGUUAUAAUUGGGACUAUCUAUUGGAUUGGGGUCCACAGUAUCAACCUCUAGCUCAUGUAUUUAAUGAAAUAGCUAGGUUAAAAGAGGAUACCAAUUCUGUGAAAAGUUCAAGCAGUGUAGCAUCAAAUAGCAAGAGUAAAAAAAAUAUUCCUAAUCAGAUAGCUAAGAAUAUUAAUACUCCACCUCCACCACCACCACCCCUUCUUACCAACAUGGCUCCAAGAGUACUAUCAUCUAGACAGUCAACUUCUUCUCAUCACCAUCAUCAAACGCCCAUUUUAUUAGUACCUCGAUCACCUAUAAGUCAUGAAACUAAUCCUGGGUAUAGUCAAUCAGUCGCAAUGUCACCUUCAUUUUCACCAUCUUUAUCACCAUUAGCUAAUCAGUCACCGUCCAUGUCACCUUUACACUCAGUGGUACCUCAUCCCAACCCUCGUCAAAGACAUCAAACAAAUGAAACCGAAUUAAGGAUAUGAAAUAUUUCAUCUUAAAUCUAAUUAUGACAAUUUUCGUUGAAAGACAAAUUUUAACAAGUUAAUUUGUAGAAUAAGUGAUCUUUAUCAAUUAUUUCCAUCCCGAUUUACCAUGUAAUAUAUAGUUUAAUUAUUUAGUAUAAUUUUUAUUAAAAUAACUCAAAGACUUUAUUAAUACAUUUAAUACAGGUGUAAUGUAUUUAUUUAUUGUCAGAGUGAAAAAGAAAUUGUGAUAUCUGUAUACUUAAAAAAAAAUAUUAUAUUUUUCCAUAUCAUUAUUAUGUACUGAAUAAUUAAUAGACAACAUUAUCUACAUAUAGGUAAUUCACUUACCAAGUCCUUGUUAUAGAAAUGAUAAUGUUAAUAGCUUAUGAAAUAAUUGCCAUGUUUAAAAAUCAAAUUUGCUUAGUUAACUAUAAAGUGCAAUUAUUAUUAUUGUGUUUUUAUAAAAUAAUUUAGAUUUUUAUAACUAUUUUAAAUGAAAUCAUCAUACUAACUUAUUUUAGAAUAAAAUUGUAUAGAACAUAAAUGUAAAUUUUGUAAUUAAAGACUGUAUAGUUAUAUUGUGUUAAUGUUUUCAAAUGCUACUUUAAGUUUAAACUUUUCCUAUGCUUUUAAAGCAAACUUUGAAAUCAUUAUACUAUUCUGUCUUAAAAUGUAAAUUGGAAAGUGUAUUUAUAUUGUAGUGUUAUCUAUACUAUUUAUUUUUACAUAAUUUUUUACUAAAGACUGUCAUAUUUUAAAUUUUGUUGUUCUUAAGAAUCUUAAAAACAUUUUUUCAAUCAUACAAACAAUAAAAUAAUUAUAAUUAUAGCUCUUUGGUCAUCUCCAGAAGUUUAAUUGAAAUUUUAUAUAGAAUUAAUUUAUAAUUAAUAAUAUUUAUAUUUAUGA